AUGGGACUCAGGGGAUUUCAGGGAGAUAAAUGUGACGGAUACAGGGCUGUUAUUUUUGAGUCAACUGCCCAUUGCUUCUUGCAUUCUACCACCACACUGCAACCUACUCAGAAGCACACACCUCUCGCGCUCACACCCAUGGCAAAGCGCAAGCGUAUUACGAAUGGCGAUGAAUCCGCCCGAGAAACCGAGGGCGCGGGUCCCAGCACUGUAAAAGUUGAAGCCCCUGUUCAGUCAUCGCCCAAGAAACGACGUACGGUCGCACAGGGAAAGAAGCCGGCAAGCAAACCCAAAGGGAAGGGGAAGGGUAAAUUGAGCAAGAUGCUGGAAAUGCCUUACGAUGUUCUGUGCGAGAUCAUAUUACAACUCAGACCAGAGGAUCUGCUGGCGCUGUCGCGAACUUCGAGGGGCUUCCGAGAGAUUCUGUUGCUCAAAUCGAAUAGGUUCUUAUGGACGACUGCGUUUCGAGACGACCCUCUGUUUCCGCAUCUCCCCUCCGACCUGAAUGAGCCGCAAUUCGCAUGCCUAGUGUUUUCUAAUUAUUGCUAUUACUGCUUGAAGGCGACUCCGGAUAACCAACUUAUGUGGGCAUUCCGCACACGCUGUUGUGGUUCGUGCCUCCGUACGCAAUUCGGCCCGUUCAACGAUGUGCUUCGUGGGGUACGCAGCACAAUCACCUCAGACAUACUCUUGUCUUCGUCCGUCCUUGGACCUAAAAAGAAGAUCGUCUCCGUUUAUAAACAUAGCGAAGCGAGAGAUAUUGAUAUCCUCCUCAAGAGCUUCAAGCCAGAUUCGCCGACGUUGGCUGAAUUUCUUCAAAAUCGCAGGAAACAAGUCAGUCAAAUGCUCGCUGGAAACUACCCUAUAACAGCUGCUCUUGAGAGAAGAACUCAACUAGCCAAAAUGGACAAGGAGAAGGAGAGAGCGAAAUGCAAGGAACAGAUAUACAAAAGGCUCAGAGACUUGGGCUACGCUGAGGAAUUGGCUUAUAUCCGCGAGUCAGACUACUCGUUUCUAGAUAAUUAUCCUUCCAUUAGCUCCCGGACUGAGCUUACCGACCGUGUCUGGAACAAUAUACAACGCACUCUGGUCGACUUGCUCGAAGAUACUCGUGCUAAGAGACGGCGCAAGCAGCGCAAGACUUUAUUGAAGGCCCGUCAGAGGUUACUCGGUGAACUCAUCAAGGACCAUCCGUCGAAUGCACUAGCGGGCAUCAAACCUGGCCCUGCAGAUAUUUGUGCGAUGCCACAAAUCAGGCAGAUUCUCGUUGAUACUCCAGUGGAUGUGGUGGUUACUGCUGAACAUUUCCAGGAAACGAUACAAGGACUCGAGCAGCUUUUCGCCCAGUGGAUAACAAAUAAAAGCCGGGAACUCUUGAAACUCCUACCCAAUCAACCUGGGGCAGAAGAUGAAGUUCAAGACGAUACUGACUUCUCUCGUCUGAAUCUUGCCACCACGUAUUUCACUUGCACCCGUUGCGUGGACCCCCUUUCGUAUCCCAGGAUCUUGCUGCACAAUUGCCUGACGGAGCUUCCGCAUGGCUUUCGCAAUCGCGAGGAUGACGAUGCUAUCAUGUUCCUCAAUGUUGGCAGUGUGCCUUGGAACUAUAACCAGUUGCCCAUCGAGUAUCGUCAAGACGCUGAAUCCGCCGCGAAGAAAGUUGUAACGGCCUUUGGCUUCGACUUCAGGACAACAACGCAUGCGGAUAUGAGGCUCGACAACCGUUGGAUGGAAUGCAGGGCGUGCAGACAUCCCAAAGAUGGACGAAUGGUGUUCCGUUGGGAGAAGGCGGUAUUGCACGAAAUAUUCCAUGAUGUUCAAGGCCGAAAAUCCCACUGGAUCCCGUUGAGCGACGCAGAUAUUGAAGCUGCCAAGCAACAGGAAUCAAAAGGCUUCCCAGAGCACCGUGAUAAAUCUGCGGGCUAUUGUUGCGCACACUGCGACGAGAGAGGCUCCUUUGUUGAAAUCCGGGCUCAUUCGCGUUGGGAACACGCCAUUCAAGAAUUCAAAGAGACGAAUUAUUUCCGUCACCCGGAUGCUUCAAUGGACCAUCCUCCGUUCUUCGUUCACAUCCCUGUUCCACCACCAGUGACGAUCGACCUAACCGAUGAUGAGGCCCCUGAGCAUAAGAUUAUCAGCAUAGAUGAUUGA